UAUUUAUAUUAUUCUUUUAGUGAUUUGCGAAAUCAUGUAUCGGUUGGAGGUGUCUUCGUUCGUCUGUUGAAUUAGCUAAAAUAUUGCAACAUUUGCGCCACGUUUGGAUGUAGUUUUUAAUUAUAAAAUCUUGGAUUAGUUAACCAAUACAUGUGAUAGUUUGUAUUAGACGAAGUUCAUCAUUAUGCAAUAAAAACUAAAAUGUGAUAUAAAGAGCAUCCAUAUGCAAGAAUGCAAACCGACGAAGAGGAUGUUUUUGGCAACAAUUCGAAUACUUUCGCCCAUUUGCCUCCACUAAAAUCCGAUGAAUCUUAUGAAUGGUAUGCGUCUAAGACUACAGCAUCGCUGGAAACCCCGCCGACAACACCAUCGGCUCAAACCAGCAAUGAUAACGUAACUGCCGAUAAACAGAAUGAUGAAGAAAAGCGCCAACUACACAAUACAGACGACGAUCGCUCUUCAGUAUAUACACAAUCGGAAGCCGAUGACGAUUCUAGUCUAGUUUUCUUUAGUGAAGGCGAUCUGCCGGCAGUCGAGUUUGAGCCACCGUAUACAGCGCCUCUGGCUCCAUUGCUUACGCCAAAAGAGUGGAAAAGAAAACAUACUAGCAGGGAAAGACAGCGACAGCAAUCUGCUCGUGGCAAAAAUAAUGUAAAAGAUAAACGUCGCUCACCAGUCGCAGCUUCCAUAGAAAAAAUUACAAGUUAUGAUAGUCUUUGUGCAAUGUUUAUACAAAAUGAGAAAUAUGCUAGUGCAUCAGGAGAUGCAGGUAGUAAGCUUGGAGUAGGUGAUGACGAUGUUUAUAAAGCAAACGGGGAAAGAGUCUUCGACAACAUUCGCGGUAACAGCGAGGGCUGUGAUAUUGGUGAAAGCGUUGAGCUUGCUGAUAUUUUGCUGCGUGGUAGUGAGAAACACUCUUACAGACAACCAAAUAAAAGAAGACUACAACACACAACAAGUUUGACACUCGAUGCAGAAGCAGCUCGGCGACAUCAUCAACGCAACAAUUCAGCCAAAGCCAAUCGCCAUUACAGGCGUAACAAUAGUCCAAAUAAUAAUAGCUCAAAUUUUACAACACCUUUAGCGCCAAUGACUGAUAAUAUUUUUUUAGAAAAUAAUUCUGUAAAUGAAGAAGACUGCUGCCCAACUACUAAAUACAAUGAAACACUAUUCUUUGCCGAUGGUAUGCGUUCGAUUGAUUUUGUGCUGGCCUAUAAGGCAGAUCCGGAUCCAGGUCAAGAGGCUCUGAGUGCACGUAAACGACAUAAAUUCGAAAGUAAUCUAUUACAGCAUGGCUUACAGAUGGAAGUGGAUUAUAAAGAGCAACAACAAAUACAUUUUGUAAAGAUACAUGCGCCGUUAGAUGUGCUCCGGUGCUAUGCGGAAAUUUUAAAGCUGCGUAUGCCCAUGAAGGAGGAACUUUGCAAUACCACUGUUUACAACAAAUACAGUCGUUUGAAAAAUGCAGCGCAGUACCUCUCCCGAAAGAUACCCGGCAUGUCUGUCGUGAAUCGCUCUACUCGUUCUGCAUUCAGUAGUCUCAAAACGGUUGUGCAAUUCUUUCUGCGGAACAUAUUUGUCGAUGAGGCUGUUUUUCCGCGCCGAGCUCAUCGCUUCACCGCCAUAUAUAGCCGUGAUAAGGAGUAUUUAUUCGAUAUACAUCAUCGCUGUUUUUUUACAAAUGCAGUUCGCUCCCGCAUCGUACAAUUCAUUUUGGACCGACAAUAUUUUGAGGAUCGUGAUAAAGAUCCGCGUGCGUUCGGCAUUGAUCGCCUGGUUGUGGCGAAUGUUUAUUGUGCGGCUUAUCCAUUACACGAUGGUGAGAUCACAGAGAAAGGAACAAUGCGCGAAGCCCUUUACACACAUUGGGCUUCGGUCAAUAAAUGGUAUCGUUAUCAACCGCUUGACUAUGUAAAGGAAUAUUUUGGUGUUAAAAUCGGCCUGUACUUUGCUUGGUUGGGAUUCUACACUUACAUGUUGUUGCUCGCUUCGUUGAUUGGCAUCAUUUGCUUUGUGUAUUCAUUGAUAACACUGAAAGAUUAUAUACCGGUCCAAGAUGUUUGCUCAGAGGAACAAACUAAAAAUCUCACCAUGUGUCCACUGUGUGAUUAUUGUAAUUUCUGGUAUCUCAAGGAAACCUGUUUUUAUGCCAAAAUUACCUACCUCUUUGACAAUCCCAGCACUGUAUUCUUUGCCGUCUUUAUGUCCUUUUGGGCGACACUCUUUUUGGAGUUAUGGAAACGUUAUUCUGCCGAGAUAACACAUCGUUGGGAUUUAACUGGCUUUGAUGUACACGAAGAGCAUCCACGUCCCGAGUAUCUUUCGCGUUUAGUACAUGUGAAGAAUACGCGUACACGAAUUGAUUAUGUUACAAAUAUACAAGAGCCUAAGGUGCCAUUUUGGCGUAUGAAAUUUCCCGCCACAAUUUUUAGUGUGUCAGUUGUUUUUCUGUUAAUAUUUUUAGCUUUUGUCGCGCUUGUUGCUGUAGUUGUAUACCGAAUGUCUAUGAUGGGUACGCUUAAAUACAAUAAGAGUACAAUGACAACAUCGAGCGCAAUCAUGUUGGCUACGGCGUCAGCCGCGUUCGUCAACCUGUGUCUGCUAUAUGUGCUAAACUAUAUAUAUACACAACUUGCCGAGUAUCUGACUGAGCUAGAAAUGUGGCGCACACAGACGCAGUUCGAUGAUUCGUUGACACUAAAGAUUUAUUUAUUACAGUUUGUAAACUAUUACGCCUCCAUAUUUUAUAUAGCGUUCUUCAAAGGCAAGUUUGUCGGAUAUCCAGGAAAAUAUAACACAAUAUUGGAUUAUCGACAAGAGGAGUGUUCCUCUGGCGGCUGCUUGACUGAACUCUGUAUCCAGUUAGCAAUCAUAAUGAUUGGCAAACAAGCUUUUAACUCCAUACUGGAGGUAAUAAUGCCAAAGAUAUGGCGUAAAGUUAUGGCCAUACAAGUAGGUCUAUCCCGUUUGUUCAGCAGUAAAGGUCCGGAUAUCAAUAAGGAAAAGGUUGAACGUUAUUUGCGUGAUUUAAAAUUACUAGAUUGGGGUUCGCGCAGUUUGUUUCCGGAAUAUCUGGAAAUGGUUUUACAGUAUGGUUUCGUUACAUUAUUUGUGGCCGCUUUUCCAUUAGCACCAUUUUUUGCUUUACUCAAUAAUAUAUUUGAAAUGCGUUUGGAUGCGAAAAAGUUGCUUGCAAACUACAGGCGCCCAGUGUCACAGCGUGUACGCGAUAUUGGUGUUUGGUAUCGCAUAUUGGACAGCAUAGGCAAACUUAGUGUGAUUACCAAUGGUUUUAUAAUAGCCUUUACCUCCGACUUCAUACCGAGACUGGUAUAUCGUGCGCAAAACGAAGAUCAUACCUUAAACGGUUAUUUAAAUUUUACACUCUCGCAAUACAACAUUACUGAAUCGGAUUAUAUGCGCAGCUUAGCUGGUGAUGGAUCGAAUAUAACAAUGUGUUUCUACGCGGAUUAUCGGGAAGCGCCAACUUCGCCACAAAGAUAUCAUUUAACUAGUAUGUUUUAUAUUAUACUUGCAUGUCGGCUGGCUUUUGUUGUGGUGUUUGAGAAUUUCGUUGCACUCGUUAUGAUUUUGGUGCGUUGGUGCAUACCAGAUAUGAGUAUUGAGCUGCGCGAUCAGAUACGACGUGAAGUUUACCUCACCAACGAAAUUAUUAUUGCCAAAGAAGCCGAGCGUGCGCGGUUGGGUUUGGACAGGCGUAGCUGCUCUGCCUGUGGACAUGACUAUCGCGCAGACACAAUGUGAAAUACAAAAAAAAAAAAAAUGGAAAAAAACUACGGAAUACCUUAAUUUCAGUAACUACGUAAUCUUCAUUAUUUAAGGGAAAUAGGAGUAAACAUAAGUUGCAUAUAUUUUAAAAGAAGUAUCUUGUUUUUAUUUAUUUAUUUUCAUUUACUUUUAGCAUUCAAUUUCGAACACAAUAGCUAGAUUUUAUGGUUUAGAGUUACUCAAGAAAAUACUUAUUUAGUAUAUUAUGCUUAACAGAAAUCUCACUUAAUUAAACGUAUACGUAUUGAAUUUGACUUUUUGCGAGAGCAAAUAAUUUGCUGCAGCAAUUUUUUAUUUUAAGUUUUAUAUUGUAUAACAACCGCUUGGUGCUUUAAAUGGUGCUUAAAUGUUGUAAGCAUAAAAUAAUAUGUUAAUAAUGUGUUAUACAUUUGUUUAUAAUUUAUUUACCUCAAUUUGUAAUGUUGCCAACAAGUUAUUGCGGAAAAUAUAAUUUGGUAGUUCGUCCAUUUGAAGUUUAUAAAUAUUUAAGUUAAGCUUUAAACAAUUUUUCUGAAAUUUAUUUUAUAUAUUUAUUGGCUAAUAGCAAUUUCACCUUUAUGCAUGUUCCUAUUGAAUUUAGUUUAUAAAAAAUAUGCUGUACGGUGCUUAUUUAAUUACCAAAUUUGCCUUUCAAAAGCAUCAUGCCUAUUUUAACUUAUAAUUAAUAUCUCGAAAACCAUGUACAUACAUAUGUUUGUAUGUGUAUAUAUAUGUAAAUAUUGGAAAUUAGUCAUAGUUGUAUAUAAAAGCAAAAUCAGGGCAUGUAAAACAAUAGUAAAAACUCAAAUAUGUAGGUUUCGAAUUUCUUUUGUUAAAACGAACGAUUUUUCAAAACAAAUAUGUUUUCCAAUGACUCAAUUGACUUAAUGAAAUAGUAAAAUAUUUCCUUAUAAUUUAAGAUAGUAUUGAAAAUUUAACAACAAUCGACUUUCAAGAGCAAAGCCUAUUUUGAAUCUCAUAUAAAAUAUUUCGAAAACCAUAUGUAAACAUUUAUGUAAAUAUUGAUAGCACGAAAUUAGUAGCAUAUAAGAUGGAAAAAUCUGGGUAAGCAAAGCUGUUACAAAUUUUGGAGUGUAUAACGUUCUAAUAUCUUUGAAUCUCUUGAAAUAUGUGCUUAGUUAGGUAUUUUCACAAAAUAUAUUUUUUUUGGUGCACUUACGUUAUUAGCUUUUCCUUUGAAAAAUGUGUGAAAGGUUUCUCAAACUAAAUAUGUUAUUGAAUGACUUAUUUGUUAAUUGUAAAUUAUUAUAAUUGAAAUUAAAAUGUUUUGUGAUAAAUUUAGUAAAGGUUUGGCUUGGAAUAAAGUUAAAAAAAAUGAGAA